AUGGUCCACAUGGUCAUCCUUUCGAUCUUACACAGAACUCAUGUAUUUAUGCGGCAACAGAUGGAAACUCAAAUGCAAACGCUUCUGAACUACCUCUCUAUCGCCCUCCCGACAAUACCAACUCAAGGGACUACACCUGGCCCAAACACCACAAAUCCCCAGUACGAUGCGGACGAUAUUACUCACAUUGUCCCGUGGUCAGAAUUCAGUUAUUCUACUAUCAUUCUACAAUACGCAGAAUUAUUAAAUACAAAGCGGAUCAGGCCUGACCCUUUUACAUCUCCACCUGCCCCACUCAAAGAUGAAGCAACCUUCCAUCUUCGUUUCUCUGAUCUAGUUAUGAAUCGUGUUCGACGCGCCCUUCGAGCUGGGUUCGAACAGCUCUCUCCGCAGCUUGCAACACAUCGGCUCUCUGAAACUACAAUAGACGGAGGGGGUUCCGCGAGGAUAGUUGACCAGUUCAGGCCUGAUGCUGCGUUUAUCGUAGUUGGCGCUAGUCUCUCCACGGGUGUCAAUCGAGCCCCUGGGGACUUGAAGGUGUCAUGGAAGUGGAGAUCAUCAAUGCAGUUUUCGCAGAACCUGGCAGACCAACGAGAGUACAAGCAGGUUUUGGCGCAAGUGAACUUCUAUAUGGACCAGCACAACGCCCGGCAUGGGUUUAUCCUCUCAAAUCUUGAGCUUGUCGCAAUCAAACGGCUGGAUAGAGAUGGCCGCUUAGCCGUCGCUACACCUGUCCUGUGGGCCAGUGGAGGUGCUGGACGCCUCUCGGUUUUAUUAGGAUUAUGGUAUCUCGGAAUGCUAGCGGCAGAAGACAAUCACUGGGCUCUGGACUAG